AUGAUAAGCUCAUGGUCUGCAGGGCUAGCAGCAACACUCGCUGUUAGCCAUAUCCUCCCUCAAUUCGCCGCCGCACAAGAUUAUGUUUCAUCAGCCCUUCGGUCAGUAUCGCCAACGCCCACAGCUUCGGAGUCAGUGGAGUCUUCAAGCGCAACACCAACGUCUUCGGGUGAGCCCACAGUCUAUACCAUCAAAGCUGGCUCCGGAGGCUUCAAGUUCGACCCACCAGAACUUCACAACGUCUCAGUCGGCGACAUUGUGAAAUGGGAGUUCUAUCCACGGGAUCAUUCGGUUGCGAGGGCAGAGUUCGGAUCAGCAUGCGUGCCGUAUGAGUACACUGGGAAAGACAAGGUUGGCUUCUGGUCGGAGACGCAGUGGGUGAACAACACAAACGAGCUCACAUACUUCAACGUUACGAUCAACUCGACAGAACCUAUCUUCUUCUACUGCGCAGCACCGGACUCAUGUUUGAAGCAGCACAUGGUCGGCGUCAUCAAUCCGAAUUCUACGCAAACCCUGGCAUCGCAAGUUCAUGCGGCGGCCGCAGCAGACUUUCAAGUAGCACCCGGUCAGCCAAUUCCUGCUGAAGCAACAUCAACGCUGUCCAACGCGCCCACCUCAACUGGGACCUCGACACCAAACAGCGGAGGCAAUGAUGGAGGCCACACCCUGUCGACCGGCGCCAUAGUUGGCAUAGCAGUUGGUGGCGUGGCCUUCUUAGCAAUCUGCGCCGCUCUCUUCUUCUUUGUCGGUCGAUCCAAGUCACUCAAGGAGGUCAUCAAGCGACAAGACGCCACGAACAACCAUGACCCAAACAUGAGCCAACAGUACGGCGGCUCUAGCUACGGCCAUGGAGGACUUGCAUCGCCAGGGUUCCCGUCACCAGCUCCGGGUUACGCCACACCGCCGCUAGGACACCGUCCAGACUAUGGUUUCAGCUCGCCACCGCAGUAUGGCCAGCACAGUGUAGGGGAGCAAUAUCCGUCUGGCUGGUCGAGUCCUGGACUGCAACAAGGUCAUAUGAGUAUGAUGAGUAGUGCUAGUGGGAUGUCGCAACAACAGAUGGACCAAAUAAAAUAUGCGCAGAUGAAUACGCAACCUCUUGUAGCAGAACUGCACAGCCCACCGCUGGGACAGCAGUCCUUUUCGGCAGAAUUGGAGGCACCUGGACUCGAUAAGCCGAGAGGUUGA